GAGCCACCCGGAACAAAAACGUCGUCGGACCAAGCUUUUUUCUUUCCCCCCAUUUUUAAGUCGCGUUGGUUUUAGUCAUUGUCAUGAAUAACAAGUGACGUUUUUAACGUGUCUGACGAAGAAAGGAGAAGUAGUAGAAAAGAAAGGACACCCCCCUAUAUUUAUAGCUAAUUUCUGAUUGUGUGCGAUCGAGUGCAGUGGAUGAACAGGAUGGAAAAUGAUAUUUCAGAAGGAAAAUCUACUAACUCUUCAGGUGCAACACUCUCCUUCACUGCCCUGCGCCUCCUGGUCCCACCACUUCGGUUGGUCUCCGCAGCCGUCUGGCAGACCAUCCAGCAAAAAGUUAUAGGUGAUUACGGGAUGCUUGAGGAGUUUGUGUCUAUGGUUACAGACAUUCUUCCAGAGCUGCUCACCAGCCGCCAGCGGACUGAACUCAGCCUGGGCCUCAGAGCACGGCUGAUCCUGGAGUUAUACCAGCGUGAAGCUCCUGCUGACUUUGAGAUCAUCCAGCCACACUUGGACAGGAUGCAAGUGCUCAUCAAUGCAUGGCUAGUGGAGGCUGGUGGUACUAAUGUAGAACUGCCACAAUCAAACUUUGUGGAUCUUGUAAAGAACUUGCAGAAUGAUGCUGAAGAAAGAGAGCACUUCUUUCAGAAUGUUUUCCCUGUAGAGUUUGGUCCUGCAUAUGAUGAAACACUUCACACUUUGAUGUGCCUGUUUUUAUCCAGAUUUGAAAAGAUUCUUCAUCUUCAGUCAUUCCAGCAGGUUGCCUCCAUGUUUGGUGAAGCUUCUUCUGCUCUCAAGGACUGCAUGCAGUUGGUGUCUCAGUGUGAAGAGCUCAAAACUCUGCUGCAGUAUCAAAAACACCUUAGCCAACUAGAUCAUAUAGAUAGUUCUCUGGACGGUGAGUGGAUCAUUUCAGCUCUAAACCUUCCCUGUGUAGAAAAAACAGAAACGCUUAAAACACAAGCAAAGGGCAGCGUUUUGGAUGAAUUGUUAUUUUCAUCAGAUUUGGAAAAGGAAUCACUGGCUCCAGAACAGCAGACGUGUGAGACCAAUGAUGGUAAAAGUGAUUGGACUCCUGAGCACAAUGGAACACAGUUGCCUUUAGGAGAUUCAACAAAACAUAACGAAAAUGUAAAUCUUCAAAGUCAGACAGAUGGUUCUUGUUGCCUAAUCAAAGAGUGCCACGUUCGUCUAAGAAGACUUGACCUGCCACUGUCUUUACAGUCUCGACCUGUGAGAUCAAACAGAGGCCUAAGAAUGAAAAAGAUUCUCCAAGAGGUGAAAGGGCAACUUUGUGGAGAGGCCCUACCUGCUGACAAAUCUAUUUCCACGAAAGCAAAACAGUUCGAGAGGGUUUCUCAAAUGCUGUCAGACAAUGAGGAUUCAGGCAAAGACUCCUCAUACAUGGCUCCCAUCAGUACUUGCAGUGAAGAUGACUCCUGGUCUUACUACUCGGAUAAGGACUCUAGUCAUAACACUGUUAGUAGAAGUCCCAGUGUAACUGAUUCAUGGUCUCACUACUCAGACGAUGAGUCUUCAAUUGUGAGUCCUGUUAACAGUUUCCCUGAAAGUGGUUCAGUUUGUAGCAGCUCAGAUGAGGACCCUUCGUUCCUGGGUCCUAAAGAUGUGUCAGAUUCUAGCAGAAAUCGGGGCACUGCUGGCAUAAAGCAUAGCUCUACCAAACACACUCGUUUAAUCCAGUGCUUUAUCUGCAAAGAGCAUGUCAACACAAACCUGAGAACUCACAUGAAAACCCACUUUCCCACCAAUGACUACGCGUGCCCUCGAUGCGAUAGCAGGUUUAAACUCCUAUCCUCUCUGAAGAAGCACUUGAAUAAGACUUGUUAUGAAUAUGCUCAGCAGCAUGUAGAUCCAGGGAAUCCAGAUGAAGUCAAGAAUCUUUACAAAUGUGACAUAUGCCAAGAGGCGUUCAAGUACAAAGUUGCUCUGCAAAAGCAUACGCUGACCCACAACGAGCUCUACUGCAACGUAUGCAGAAAGGUCCUUCGAGAUGCUGCAACGCUGGCAAGGCACAAAGUUUCACACACUCCAUUUCAGUGCAACCGCUGCGACAAGUCUUUCAGUCUUUUCAAGCCCUUACUCAAACAUUACGAAAACAUCCAUAAAGUCAGCAGACCAUUCAAAUGCAGCCAUUGCCCCAAAACUCUCCCCAGGCUGCGAUUUUUAAUCAUACAUGAAUGGCACCACACAGGCCACCUGCCGUUCCGGUGUUCUCAUUGCAGCCUGAGAUUCAAAUGUGAUUCUGAGCUCAUGUACCACGAGAGGGUCCACACCAGAGAGAAACCCUAUCUGUGUGCAGAGUGCGGCAAGACGUUCGCCCAAAAGUCCAACAUGUUGCGCCACCUGCACUUCAUCCACAGCGAGUCUCGAAAUGAGAAGAAGCACUCUUGUUCUCAGUGCGAGAAGUCCUUUAAAGAGAAAGGAGCACUGAAAAAGCACCAGAGGAGCAAACACUUACACGAGUUGUUCCGUAAUCCAUGUCCGACCUGCGGGAAGAUGCUUUCGGCAUCAACGAUGAAAAGGCAUAAAUUAAUCCACACUGGAGAAAGACCUUUCAAAUGCACUGUGCCUGAAUGCGAAAAGUACUACAGAUCAACCUCGGAGGUUAAGAAACACAUUCUCAUGCACCAUACCACAGAAAGGCCGUAUAAAUGUGACAUCUGUGGAAAGGGGUUUGUAAAAAUGUGGUAUCUCAAUGUACAUGCUAGAAUACAUUCGGGAGAAAAACCAUUUGUUUGCCAUAUCUGCGGCAAGGCCUUCCUAAAGGCCUACAGCAUGUUCAGGCACAAAAGACUUCUACAUACAUUUGUUACACAUUAACUACGUGACACAGGAAUGCUUGAUUGGUUAAGGAAAGUAGCUUCUUGGUGUGAAUGCGCAUUGAAUCUGAAUUCUGUCUUAAUGGGCAGCAAGGAGCAGAUGUUGCAAAAGCUGGCAAAAUCAUUCCCUAUUUACUAUUUAAAGUAUGUAUGUUUUCAUUUGAACCACUUGUCUACCAAGAGUGAGUGACGACAGAGGCCAUUGCCACAGGAAACCAACCAACUGGACAAAAAAAAAAAAAGGGAGAGAAAGAAUCAAAACAUGUCCAGCUAACUUUGUAACCACUUUGAGAACCCUCCAAAUGCUUGUUCAGGGGUAAAGUUAGCGGUACGUUUUAGGUUAGAGUUAGGCACUUAGAUGGUUAAACCUCAGGUAAAAAGUGUGUGAAUACACUGAUGCCAGUGAAUUACCUCACAAAGAUACCUAGACAAAUGUCUGCUUUGCGCUACACAGAAAGAGGAGCACACAGAUUCAAAUAGUCUACGAUGAAACUGAAAAAGUAGUGGUUCCAGCAUGUAAAAUACUUACAGUCCCACAGUUAAAUGUACUAUCUCUGUGUGGGGCACAGGCUGCGGUGACUGUUGUCUAAGUCAGCAGCUGACAGUACAAUGAAAAAAACAAACAAACACUGUAAACACAAUAAAAAUGCAGGACGCAUACUUGAGGUGAAAGAGUUCAGCUCGGUGUAUAAAAGAUCUUUGUGUCUUCUCCCAACUUCAAUUCAUAUGAAGAAUUACCAUAUUUGUUUCAUGUGUACUUUGUAUUUAGCAGUGUAAUUUUCUUUAACUAUUUAGUUUGUUUGAUUUUACAUCAUAUAUGUUUUGUUCUUUUUCAUGUUGUGUAUAAUGUGUUUUAGGCACGAAGCAGAAAAGUGAGCAGCAUUCAGCUUCUUCUGUGGAUCAUUUUCAUCUGUUUUCUAUCAAAAAAUUAAAAUGGUGAAGCUUUCACUUAAAAUAGUGAUCUUUCUUUCAUUCAUCUAAUUUUGUGGGGCUUUGCUCAUGUUUUUUUUUUUUUUUUUUUGAAAAUUGGUAAAUCCCAAGAUUACAAUAAACUACUUAAAUGUACAUGCGAAAAUGAUUGCAUGAUUUUUUAUUAAGAGGAAGAAACUCUUUAGUGUAGAAAUAAAAGAAGGAAGGAAAGACAACGGUACAAAGUGUUAUAGUGAAGAGCAAGUUGAUAAUAAUGUGCUUGCCUCUCUUCUUCUUUCAGCUAAUAUUAGGAUCAGGGCAGGCUUGGGUCAUUUUUCUUUCUUUCUAUUUUCUAAACUCUUAACAACGAUGUUUAGACAGUGUGUAUAUUGAGGACUUAAUCAGAUAACUAUAAAAAACUAAGUAUCCCUUUCAAUUAGCCUCAUCUUUUUUUGAAUCUUUUCAUUGAGCCAUCAUUUUUCACUAAUUUAGACAUCCAUAAUGCAUUUAAUUUAGUACACAUAAAAUAAUGUGAAUUCUAUGCUUCUUCGGUAGGUAAACAGGGAGGAAAGGCUAAGGUGUCAGACCAUAUGGAGUGAUCCAAAUUUGAAACUUUUGGUCCAAACUGUCAUUAAUUUGUAAAAGUCAGGAGAGAGGUACAACAGUUAAUGUCUAAUGCCCUCUGUCCUGGUUAGGGGUGGCAUUGCACCCAGUAGUGUUGGAGAUCUUGAUAAAAUUGAUGGAAUUCUAAAUGCAGAAAACUACUGUCAGAUCACUGUCACAAAUACACACACUACACAUGGACACUCUGAGUCAUGGAUUUGCAUUCCUAGACCCCUGAUCCCAUUAUUGAAGAUGUGGGAUCACCUUUACAGAGAACAGAAGAAAACGCAGCUAGCAUCCAAAGAAGAGCUUUGGAAUGUUCUUCAAGAAGCCUGGAGAACCAUUCUUGAAGACUACUAAAAGAAAUUAGUGGAAAGCUUGCUUAGUUCACACUUUGUUAAGGAAUUAAACAUGGCCAUACCAAAGUUGCU